GAGUUCAUUUAUGUGCAGGGAGUGAGUGAUUGACUUUAUCAGUCCAAGGACAUCAUUCGUCUGGAAAGGGGGGGAAGUUUGAUCAUCUUUCUCACGGAUCCCAGUUACGGGAGUUUCUCUCUGCUGUGUAAGCGAAGGAUUGUUUUUUCCUUGUUUUGCUUUUCUACUUUUAAAUUCUUAUUUGCCGUUUCAACGCACUGAAAUCGGGUUCCCGUUAUUCGAGGUUAGAGUGAGCUCCACCAACCUGGAGUUUCAGUUGAAUUUUCUUUUAUUUCGUUAUAAGUUCGCUUGAGCCCAAUGACUAUGCUCCUUGACAGCGGURCGCAGUUCCCAUCGCUAGGAGUGGGGGGUUUCGGAACACCGCGGCACCAUGAGAUAGGGAACAGAGAUCCAGGUUUGGGACUCAAUCCCUUCGCUGAUUCAUCCCACUCCGCAGCUUUCAAACUCAGCCCGGUGGCUCACGAUAUAGCCUCCAGCCAGACUUCAGCUUUUACCCCGCAAGCCAGUGGAUACGCAGCUGCCCUGGGACACCAUCAUGGCGGACAGGUGGGUUCGUACGGCGGUGGACCGUUCAAUUCAACCCGGGACUUUCUAUUCAGAAACCGUGGCGUUGGAGAGUCCGCUGCAUCGAGUGCCCAGCAUGGGAUCUUUGCCGCUUCUGCGGGGAGCCUGCAUGGACCCCCUGGAAUCUCCGAUAACCCAGGACAUCUGUUGUUUUCAGGGCUCCAUGACCAGGGCGUGAGCCAUACUUCACCAAGUGGACAUGUAGUCAACAGUCAAAUGCAUCUUGGUUUACGCGGYGACAUUUUUGGAAGACCCGACCCAUACCGUCCGGUCGCCAGCCCUCGGACAGACCCCUACGGCGCUCAGCUCCACAACUACAACCACCCAAUGGGGAUGAAUAUGGGGAUGAAUGUGCCGACACACCACGGUCCUGGGGCCUUCUUUAGAUACAUGAGGCAACCCAUAAAGCAAGAAAUGUCGUGUAAAUGGAUAGAUGAGAACCAGAUGAACCGACCCAAAAAGACUUGUGAAAGGACUUUCAGCACAAUGCACGAGAUGGUGACGCACGUCUCCAUGGAACACGUUGGCGGCCCCGAGCAAAGUAACCACAUUUGCUUUUGGGAGGAUUGCCCUAGAGAGGGGAAAUCAUUUAAGGCCAAGUACAAACUCGUGAACCACAUUCGAGUGCACACUGGAGAGAAACCCUUCCCCUGUCCAUUCCCUGGUUGUGGAAAAAUAUUCGCCAGGUCGGAAAAUUUGAAAAUUCACAAAAGAACACACACAGGUGAGAAGCCGUUCAAGUGCGAAUUUGACGGCUGCGACAGACGCUUCGCCAACAGCAGUGACAGGAAAAAGCACAUGCACGUGCAUACUUCUGACAAGCCAUACAUCUGCAAAGUGUGCGACAAGUCCUACACGCACCCCAGCUCUCUCAGGAAACACAUGAAGGUACACGAGUCUCAAUGUUCUGAGUCCUCUCCAGCAGCAAGUUCUGGAUAUGAGUCGUCCACACCACCAGUUCUGGUGUCAGCGAACACUGAAGACCCAACAAAAACACCACCGUCAGCCGUGCAAAACACAUCUGGGCACAGCGAUGCAGGACUGCCACCCAACUUUAARGAAUGGUACGUUUGAAGUCAGAAGCAAGCUCUCAAUGUGGACAAAGAGGUUUUAAGGAAACCUUAAAAAGUACUCAGACCAAGGUGUACACAACAUGGGAUUGGAACAACUCGAGGAGAUGAGAGCAAGCCAGCAGCAGCAGGCCUCGUCCUUUCUCAGGAUUCGAUAUGUGACUUUUAUUCCGAGUUCGAAGAGAACAAAUAAAUCAUAAAUAAUGAAAUAAUACUUUCUAAGAAUUAAAAAAAAAACAUGUUUUUUCCCCUUUUUUAGUUUA